AUGGUAUAUGACAUCGAAAGAAUUCAUAUUACCCCACAAUCUGUUACGCUUGGUCAUGAAUCGUAUGGUCGUUUAUCUUGCGAGACAGCAACUGCGCCAUUGGCUCCUAUUUUGCCAAUUCCCGCUCCAAAGCCUCGACGUCGAAGCACACCAGCUACCGGAAAUUUACAACCCUCUGAUUUGGUAGGAUUGUCAAGAGAGGAACGACGUCGACGACGAAGAGCAACACAAAAGUAUCGAACAGCACACGCUACUCGAGAACGUGUUAGAGUAGAAGCUUUUAACGUCGCUUUUGCAGAGCUGAGAAAACUUCUUCCAACAUUGCCUCCCGAUAAAAAACUAAGUAAAAUUGAAAUCUUGAAGUUAGCGAUUUGUUACAUAGCAUAUUUGAAUCAUGUGUUGGAAGCAUAA